AUGGUCGAGCUGGACGUGGACGGCGCGUUGUUUGACAGCGCUGCCGUGUGGUCGGCGUUCUGGUCCGUGGACGCGGAAACUCACGGACGCGCCAUUGAGCGGGCCGAUGCGGAAGAGGCCAAGAUGGAGAUCAUGGAGGUGGAGGAUGCGACUCCCGAGGUCAGGAAGGCUGAGUUGUGGAUCAGCGUGGCGCUGCUCCAGCUGGAAGUUCCGCGUAAGACGGAGAUACACGUUCGGAACCGGACUGGUGUUGAGCCGAUAAGCCCCGUUAACAAGCUGCACAUGUGCUUGCGUUGGCUUGGAGGCGGCUCGUACCACGACAUUCGGGUAACAAGUGGAGUUAGCGUGUCGGCCUUCUACGCCAAGUAG